AUGGCCAUAUUAUCAAAGUAUAAAUUAGAAAAAUAUGAAUUCGGUACUCAUAUUCAGAAAAAACAGCAACUGUAUGGACUAUCGGGAAAAAUGAUAUACGAAGGUGGAUGGACAUCAGGAAGAACAGAUGCAAUAAUUAUUGUUGAAAUGAAUGAAAUGAUCCCUGAACGUGAAGCUCGUUUUUAUUUAGAAGUGAAUGAUCAUCGUAAUAUUAUUCGUACAUAUGGUUAUGUUGAAAAUACUUUAAAUUUAACAAUAUUUAUACAAGAAUUUGCAGAACUGGCAGAUUUAGCUGGUGUAUUAAUGGAUAAUCAAAUUCCAAUAUCUCAAACGAUAUUAGUUGAAAUGUUUUUACAGAUUGCUGAUGCUAUGAGUUAUAUUGCAAGUAACAAGAUUGUACAUUGUGAUUUAGGUUGUCGAAAUGUACUCGUUUUUCGAUUGGAUUCAUUUGAAGCAAAAAAUAAUUUAGUUAAAAUAACUGAUUUUGGUCUUGCACGUUGGAUUGAACAACCUCCUCCUAAUGAAAAAGAAUUAAAGAUACCAAUUCGAUUUUGUGCACCUGAAAUUCUUCGAAAUAAUCAUCACUCCAAUUAUUCGGAAAAAUCUGAUGUAUACUCUAUGGGUGUUUUAAUGUGGGAAGCUUUAUCAAACAGUGAAAUUCCCUAUUCGUCCAUUGCUGAGGAUGAUGAUGUCAUACAAAAGAAAUUAAACAAUGAGAAACUUAAAAAGCCAACUGAUUGUGAUCAUCAACUUUGGGUACUCAUGAAUAAAUGUUGGCAUGAGGAUCCGGAACAGCGACCUACAUUCGACGAAAUCAACAAUAAAUUAUCAUACAUGGAAGUUUCGAAGGUACAACAUCAGCAAACAUCUGAUGGAUCCUAUAAGACACGAAUAAAAUAUGAUUAUAAACUUAAUGUUCAUGUACAAAUAAAAGGUUCGUCGAAUCGUCAAUUGCCUGCAAUUCAUCAAGCAGAAUGGAAAACAGAUGAAACAUCAUCCAUUGUUUUGAUCGAGAAGACAGAAGAGUUAUCAGAGAGUGAAAAAUUAUUGUAUACUACAUACAACAAACAUGAUCAUAUUGUUUACACAUAUGGUUUUGUUGAAAAUAAUCGUGGAUCAAUAAUGAUAUUACAAGAGAAAGCACCUCAUGGUAAUCUUCGAGAACUACUCGAUAGUAGUCAAUUCAAUCCAUCACCACAAGUUCUCAUCGAAAUUUUCAGUCAAAUUCUUAAUGCUAUGAUUCAUAUUACUGAUCAGGAACUAGUACAUGGCGAUUUACGUUGUGAAAAUGUUCUUGUAUUUAAAAUGGAUUCAUCAGAGCCCAAAAGAAACCUUGUUAAACUAACAAACUUUAGUUUGGCACAUGAAAACGAUCCAGCACUUGUUGAUGAUAGACGACUUACUAUUUCAGUACGAUAUUGUGCUCCGGAAAUUAUUCGAAGUGCAGGUCGAUCAAAUUACUCUGAUAUGUCGGAUGUUUAUUCAAUGGGUGUUUUAAUGUGGCAAGCUUGCUCGAAUGGAAAACUUCCAUAUGAAUCUUCAACAAAAACCAGCGAAGUUCGACAACGAAAAUUGAAUGGCGAAAUAUUACCAAAACCAUUCAUGUGUGAUAAGCAAAUAUGGGACAUUAUGAAAGAUUGUUGGCUUAAUGAACCAAACAUACGAUUUAAUUUUAAAGAGAUGAAACGUCGGUUUUCGAACAUUAAUCACGAUAUGAUGUGUCCGAUUGAUCAUCCAGUUUCAACGAGAAGAGUACGUGAGCAUUUAAUACAAUACUAUGCUCCAGAAAUUUGCCGAUUUGACAAUCAAUCAAAAUAUACUGAAUUCUCUGAUGUUUAUUCAAUGGGUAUAUUGAUGUGGCACGCUUGUUUGAAUGGAACAAUACCUAUUAAACGCCGUACAACUAAUGGUGAUAUUCAACAAAAACCGAAAGACUGUAAUGAUCAACUAUGGAGUGUCAUCGAAAUGUGUUACUGUGAUGAACCGACUAUACGACUGAGGUUCAGAGAAGCGAACACUCAGCUUUUGAAAAUCAGUUUUGAUGAAACUAGACCAAUUUUUACUAAUGAUGAUGAUGAUGAUGAUGAUACAAUUUCAAAGACUCCAAAAAAGCUUACUUCAUCUGAAAUACGCAUUCAUUUUACUCGAUGUAAAUAUUGUGGUGAACGAUGUCUUGGCAGCCAAUUAACAGAACAUAAGCAAACAUGCUCAUCAAGAACUCGACCCAUUUUUAUUGCUCAUUGUGAUUAUUGUGGCCAACAAUGUCUAAGCGAUGAAAAACUAGCUCAUGAGCAAUCUUGUCCAAUGAAAAUUCCAGCUACUGUGCAUCAAUCUCCAAAGUUAGUUCGUUCAAAAGAUAACAAUAAUGAUGCUGGUCGAAACCGAAGACGUGAAAAUAAAACUCAUGAUAGACCGAUUCGAAUAAAUCAGGAAACUGUUGCUUCAAAUCCUCAACAAUUUGUUCGUCUUACUCAAUGCAGAUAUUGUCAUCGUGAAUAUCCUUCAGCUGAUAUUCGAAAGCAUGGACAAUCCUGCCCAUUGAAGCCUCCUCGGAUUAAUCCACCAGAUCCACUACCAGUCAAUGCUACAUGCAGAUAUUGCUAUGGACAGUUACCACAGAAUGCAAUUCAAGCACAUGAGAAUACAUGUCGGCCAUCACCACCGACAAGAUCACUCAUGGAUCGGUUAUGUUUAUGGAUUAGUUGUUGCUGUGGAGAUAACUGA